AUCACCGGCUGGGGGGACACCGGAGGGACCGUCCCGGGGAGGGGGUCCCGGGGGGUCCCGGUGCGAUGGCGGCGCCCCGCAGCCGCUCCGUUUUCCUCGCAGCCCAGGACCCUGCGCUCCUGCACGGGCUGUCCCUCGUCACCCGCUUCGCCUCGGCAGGGCACGGGCAAGCUGCUGCCAGCCCCGGCGAGGAGAAGGGCGGCGGGGUGCCCGAGGUGCCCGAGGGGAUGUGGUGCUCAGCCUGCGCCCAGCGCUUCGGCAGCCGGGAGGAGCAGAUCGAGCACUACCGUCUCGACUGGCACCGCUUCAACCUGAAGCAGCGGCUCCUGGGGCGCCGGACGCUGCCCAUGGAGGUGUUUGAGGAGAAAACCAGCGCAGGUGACAUUUCCAGCAUCUCGGGGUCUGAUUCAGAGAGCUCUGAUGCAAGCAGCGAGUCAGAACUGCAGCCCCCUGCCAGCAGCAGCCCCGGGACCCCCCAGCUGCCCCGCUCCCACAAGGUGCUGCUGCGCAACGCCAGCGGCCAGCUCAUCUCCGCCUACCGCUGCGUGCUGAGCACUGGGAAGGGUGGCAGUGAGGAGCCAGAGGAGUUGACAGCGUCACUGCAGAGCCUCAGCACAAACACGUGCUGGGUUGUGCUGAUGAUGGGUGGCGGGCACUUCGCAGGAGCUGUGUUCCGAGGCCCCCAGGUGCAGGAACACAAGACCUUCCACCGCUACACAGUGCGAGCCCGGCGGGGCACAGCCCAGAGCCUCCGGGACGCCCAGACCCCAGGGUCAGCACCCAGGUCGGCUGGAGCCUCCCUGCGGCGUUACAACGAGGCUGCGUUGCUCAAGGAUAUUCAGGACCUGCUGGCAGCCUGGGCACAGCACCUGAAGGAGGCUCAGCGCAUCUUCCUCCGGGCCCCCCGUCACAACCGGGCGCUGCUCUUUGGCGGCAGGAACCCCCCGCUCAGCCGGGGCGACCCCCGCAUCUGCCACAUCCCCCUCAGCACCCGCAGGGCCACCCUGCGGGAGGUGCUGCGAGUUCACGCCGCGCUGGCCACCCUGCAGGUGUACGGGAAGGACACGCCACUGGAGGACAUCAUCGGGUCCCCCCGGAAAGGGUGGCAGAAGCAGCAGCGGGCAGCUGAGACGGAUCCCCUGCAAAAGGACGCAAGUGCCCUUGUCCUUUCAGCCCCAGAGGAUGAGGUAGAAGAGGAGGAAGAGAGCCCUGCAGGGGAACUGGAGACUGUGGAAGUGACUUUGGGGACCUUAGACCUCCGGGAGUUCGAAGUGAUGCCCAAGCGAAACCGCAAACGGAGGAAGAAGAGGAACAAGAAAGUGGAGAAUGGGCCCCACGCUGAGGAGACGGGAUGCUCUGAUACCCAGGGUGGGCAGCCAGGCCCGGAGCUGGUGGCAGAGCUGCAGGAAGAGGCUGGGGCUGAGCCCCUUCCCUGGGCUGGAGGAGACCCUCAGACCCAGCUCCGCGAUACCCUGUUCACAGCCUGCAAGACAGGGGAUGUGGGGACACUACAGCACCUCCUAGGUGUGCCAGAGAGCAGGGCCCCCUUGGGAGACAGCGAGGACGGGGAGGAUACACAGCACCUGGAUCUGCCCUGCUCCCUGCUCAACCAGCCCUUGGACGAGCACGGCUUCACCCUGCUUCACGUGGCUGCGCGUGCGGGAAAGGCUGAGGCUGUGCGCCUGCUGCUGGAAGCAGGAGCUGACCCUGCGCUCAGAGACCGUCAGGAGAGGACCCCCUACUGUGUCUCUGCUGACAAACCGACCCGCAACACCUUCCGCAAAUUCAUGGUGGACCAUCCAGACAAGUACGACUACAGCCGUGCCAAGGUGCCAGGACCCCUGACCCUGGAGAUGGAGGCCAAAAAACUGGAGAAAAAGCGGGCCCAGAAAGCCCAGCGGAAGCAGAGGGAGCAGGCGCAGCGGGAGGAGCGGCAGCGCUGGGAGCAGGAGGAGGGGGAGAAGCAGCGGUUUGCAGCCCUGUCCGACAGGGAGAAGAGGGCCCUGGCUGCUGAGCGGAGGCUGGCCGAACAGAAGCAGGAUGGUGGCACAACCAUUUCCAACAUCAGUCGCUGCUGGCACUGCGGGGAGUCCCUGCUGGGCCGGGUUCCCUUCCACUACCUCGACUUCUCCUUCUGUUCCACGGCCUGCCUGCAAACCCACCGGCGGGCCCGGGCUGGCCACACGUAACGCUGGGGACAGCUGCCAUCUGCCAAGGACCAAGGUGGUGGAAGCACAGCUGAGCACUGGCGUUGCACCGGAGAGCCAUGGAGCAGCGCCGGUCAGGGACUGAGCUGGUCACAUCACGCUGCAGUAACUCUGGUGGGAGUGGGCACCGCAGCAUGAGUGUUGCUCAAGGUGGGGAUUCAGGGCACGUUACACCAGGGUGGCCUGGCUGCGUUGGUGCACAGGGCCAGUGCUCUUUUGGGGCCUGGCCCUGGCCGGGCAGUCCUGCUGCCUGCUUUUCUCAUGGCUACCUUGCAGCUGCUGCCUGUGGCCAGAGGACAGAUAGGGUUCUGAGCUCUCAUGCCUGCAGGCACCCUCAAGGCUGUGCUUUACCCUUCCCUCUCCUAAAUGCCACUGGAUCUCAGCCGUAUCAUGUUGUUAGUAACUACCUCUUCCGCCUGCAUUGUCAAUAAAGAGGUGCCUUGAAGGCUG